AUGCAUGAUACACAUGGGAAUGUCACUUAUCCUUAUGGUUUGAAUGUUCAAAAUGGCCCUCCCGGAUUUGUGCAAGGUAGUGGCUAUGGGAACAACAAGUUUCAAGGUGGUUCUAGUGCUUUUCAUGGAGGCAACCAAGGUGGGAAUUACAAUCAUACAUCUAUGCCACAUGCUCCUUUGCAUUCUAGUGAGCCUAGCAAACCUGCCUUUGAAGUAUUGAUGAGUAAACUCAUAGAAGUUCAAAAUUCUACAAAUACGAUCAACAAGCAAGCUAUUGAUUCUCUUCAAGCGGGUUUGCACAAAUUGGAGACUCAAGUUGGGCAAAUGGCCUCUUCUUUACACUCAAGACCGCAAGGGUCUCUUCCUAGCAAUACGGUGCCUAAUCCUCACCACAAUGAGCAAGCAAAUGCUAUAUCUAUUCUUAGAAGCGGAAAGAUCUACGACAAUAAGGCAUACAUGCCACAAUUUCAUCUCAUACUCCCUUGCAUGUUGAUCAUAUGGGGAUCAAUAAAGUGCAAGACCGGGGGAGAAAUAAGGUGGAAGACCCUUCUAAAAGGUGUUCAAAAUUCAAAGUCUACCCCUAAAGGGAGAAAUAAGGCAAAAGAUUCUCAUAUGACUAGUGGAGGUCCUAAAGAUAGGAGUACUCCAGUCUAUUCUUCACUAGGGGAGGCAGUGUUGGCUAUGGAUCCUAGUGGGAGCCAAGUACCCUCGUAUGCCAAGUACUUGAAGGAAUUGUGCACAAACAAGAGAAGGUUUAAGGAUGAUGAGAAUGUUUAUUUUAGAGAGGAGGCCUCAUCUGUAAUUCAACGAACGCUUCCUCCAAAACUUGGAGAUCCCGGAUGCUUUACCGUCUCUUGUACCAUUGGACUGAGAAAUUUUGAUAAGACACUUCUAGAUCUUGGAGCGAGUAUCAAUCUCAUGCCUUAUGAAGUCUACAAAACACUUGCUUUGGAGGACAUUAAACCGGUCAAGAUUAGGUUGCAAAUGGCGGAUCAAAACGUGGUUUAUCCGAGAGGAGUGGUAGAGGAUGUCUUGGUGAAAAUUGAUGAAAUAUUAGUACCCGCCGACUUUGUGGUUUUAGAUAUGGAGCUUUUGAGUAGGAAUAGAGAGGAGCUUCCCAUUAUUUUGGGAGGGAGUUAA